UACUCAAUCAGUAGUAAUCGGACUUUUGCAUUAAGAGGUUGUUCGGAAUUUUGUACAUAAACAUGCAUGUUUGUAUUUUGGGUGGUGGCAUCAAUGGUUUCUGUUGUGCCGUAAGAAUUUUGGAAUUCUAUAAGAAACAACAAAAGCCUAUUCAGGUCACCUUAAUAUCGGAUAAAUUUACACCCAAUACAACAGGUGAUGGUUCGGCUGGUUUAUGGGGACCCUAUUUGUUGGGUGGUACACCCACUUCCAAAGUGCAUAAAUGGUCUAAGGGCAUGCAUGAUUUCUUAGAAGAACUAUGGCUGUCCGAAGACGCCGGUGAGGCUGGCAUUUGUUUGAUUCCAGUCGUACGUUUGACAACAGCUGAUACGCCUGUUGAUGACUUUUGGAAAGAUAUUGUUUAUGGCUGUGAACCUAUGACAGAUAAGGAAUUGGCUGAAUACAAUGUUAACCGUGCAACUAAAUAUACCUCCGGUUUACAUUUUGUCACCUACACUUCCGAACCCCGUCUACUACUUCCUUACUUAAUUAAACGUUUCAGACAACAAGGUGGACAAAUUCUAACAGAAAAAAUUGAAAAUCUACAAAAAUUCAUUGAGACCACAAACUAUGAUGUUGUCAUCAAUUGUACAGGAUUGGGUUCACAAGAAUUGUUAGGCGACAAAAAUAUGUUCCCCGUACGUGGUCAAGUAUCAAGAGUUAAAGCACCAUGGUUAUAUUAUGUAGUCUUGGAUGAAAGUGAUGUCGGUAACUAUAUUAUUCCUAACAUGGAUACUGUGGUUUUGGGUGGCACUCAUCAGGAAAAUGAUUUCAAUACCAAAGUCUGUCCAGUUGAUAAAAAAUUCAUUGUUGAUGGUUGUCGUGAAAUUGUGCCACCAUUACAUCAAGCCAAACAUUUGUUUGAUUGGGUGGGUUUGAGACCUGGCAGAACUAAUUUGCGUUUGGAAGCUGAACAAGUUAAAGGUAAUAAAAUAUUGAUACACAAUUAUGGUCAUGGUGGCAGUGGUGUUACAUUGGCCUGGGGUUGUGCCGAAGAUGUUAUUGAAAUUUUGGAAAAAUCUUUGGAACAAAAACAUAAAUUACCAGCUAAAUUGUAAAAAAAAUCGUAUAGAAAACUACUUUAAAACACAGUUAAUAAAUUAGGAACAAGAAAGAUGUUGUUAUAUAAA